CCGGUGGGUCAGCAUUAUGGGGGGGGGGUCUCUGCGAGGUCUUUGCUGUCUGAUUAGAGCCGGGCUGGGUGGGGGGGAGCCAACCCCGAGCAGCUCCUCGGUCUCUCCCGGGGCACAAACCCACCCCCUCGCCCUCCCCGGUGCCUUCGGGUGGGCUCCUUCCCCUCCCCGGCACCGCCACGAGGACGGGGCUUCCCCGGAGCCUGGGUAACGGGGCGCAGCGCCGAGGGCUCCCCUAAGCCCCCCUGCAUCUCGGGCACGGUUCGCAUUCACACCCUGGAGGGAUUCGCACCCGUGCAGCUGACAGAGACCCCUGCCCAUCGCCCGCCACGCUGGGGGACCCACGUUCCCACCCCGUCGGGGGUCCCCGGGGAGGGAAGCAGAGGCUGCGGGGCAGGCCGGGGGGCUCGCACCCGAAUCCCCAGGGCUGUGGCGAGGCCGUGGCGAGGCGGGAGAGCCUGCUCGGGAGGUGGCGGGGAUGCUGCGGGGCUGAUUAUUCACAGCUUCCCUCACCCCGAUUGGCUCCGCGGCGCUGAGCGGAGCCGGGCCCCGCAGCAGGAGGAGACUCGGUGGCCAUAAAAGCGGGCUUGGGAGCCGACGGGGCGCCGAGUCCAGUGGGCACCCGGGAGCUCCACGGCCUCCAGCCCGGCCUCGCCGCCGAUGCCCGGCUCAGCCUGACGUGGGGAGCGCCGCCAGCGACCCCGGGCGAGGGGCUCCGCGUGCCCCCCAAGCUCCGCAGGGUUUACCCAAGGGGGAGAGCUCGGCGGGACGGGGAGCGCCAGCAGCAGGAGCACGGCAGAGCUCCGUGGGGACCUUGGUGGCAGUGUGGGGACAAGGCAGCGGCUGCAGGGCAGGAUGGCGCGGCGGGCGCUGGUGCUGGUGCUCUGCCUCUCCCUGGCUGCGGCAGCCUCCGCCGACUGCGCGACCCAGUGCUCCCUGUGCGCCAGCCAGGGACGGGGCACCGAGAGCAGCGUGCGGCCCCUGAUGUGCCUGCGGGAGUGCCAGGGCUCCUCGCCGCCUGGCGCCGAGUGGGAGACCUGCAGGAAGGCGCUGGCGCUCCUGGCCCCGCUGGUGGCCCUGGCCGAAGGGACAGACCCGUCCCCUUCGGAGGCAGAGGACGAGGCAGAGCCGGAGCAGGAUCUCAGCCCCGGGGAGCUGCCGCUGGCACCGGUCAAGCGCUACGGGGGCUUCAUGAAGAAGCUGGCCAAGGGGAAGCUGCUGUCCCUGCUGCGCGAGAACGCCCACAGCAAGGGCAGCCUCAGCAAGAAGUUCGGGGGCUUCAGCCGCAAACCGGGGGAGCGGGCGGCCCCCGAGGACUACCCGGGGCCGGGGGACGUGGGCAGCGAGGAGCCCGCGGGCACGGGGGCCGAGGGGCAGGAGCUGGCAGAGCUGCACAAGCGCUACGGAGGCUUCAUGCGCCGGAUCCGGCCCAAGCUCAAGUGGGACAAUCAGAAGCGCUACGGGGGCUUCCUGCGGCGGCAGUUCAAGGUGACCACGCGGUCGGACGAGGACCCCAGUGCCUACUCAGCGGAGGUCUUAGACCUAUAGAGCCCAGCAAGGGACAGUCAGCCCUGCGGGUCCCCACGCCAACAGCCCAGAUGAUGCCAUCACCCCUACCCCUGUCCCCAGCCCAGCGUGGCUGGCAUCGUCCCCUCCUCAUCCGCACCACGGGGCACGGGCUGGGCUCCGCCACCCCCAGCCCCACACACCCCACGGAGGUGGCCCCGGCUCUGUCCCCAGUUGUUCCUCUCCAGCUCAUCUGCCCACCCCUCCAGGACCCCGUGCACCCAGGGGACGUUGUCACUCCUCCGGCUGCUGGUGGUGCAGCUGCUGGGCCAGCCCCUGUGCUCCCCAGGUAGCACGGGGGCAAAGCCACUGGGGACGCAUCCCCUGCCCUCCCGUGGCCGCAGAAGCACAGCAGGGUCUGGAAACCAUCACAGCUGACGGAUGGGGCAACAGCUCCUGAGGCCUGGGAAGGAUGAACCGGAGCAGGAUCAGGCCCUCCAGGCUGCGAUAUGACCCGUGCAGCCAGCAGGUCCCACAGGGGGCUGCACACCAGCCAUGGGGAGAGGCAGCUGGGCAGGGCUCGCACCACGUCCCCGCCGUCAGGGCAGGCUGCUGUGCUUGGCCGAGCACCCCUGUCCCCUCCUGGAGCUGCUCGUUGUGUCCCACUCAUCCCAGCCCCAUCACCUUCCCCGUUCCGAGAACACCCUCAUGGUUUGCUCGCCCGGGAGCAGGGUCGGACCUGCUUCCCCGGCCCCCUGCUCCCCCCCCGCAGCCAAUAAAAGGCAGAUGCCAACGAAGUCGUGCUGGUGCCGAGCGUCUGCUUCCUCCACGUGGAUCCAGCCCUUGGCACGAGGCGAUCGUGCACCCCAAACCGGGGCUGGGGUUGGGGGGGGCACGAGUGCCAGC